CGAAAGAAACAGCCUUCCACAUCGCCUCGUCCUGCUUCUGCACCUGUGACAGUUGCUCCACCAAAGCCGACACAAAAUUCCAAUGUCCCUAUUAACGUUCCAAAGCAACCAACCUCCCUGGCUACCUCGAACCAACCUAGUUUGUUAGGGCAGGGUCAAGGUAUCACUUCUCUCUUUUCAGGUAGCGGUUCUUCCCCGAGUGUCCCCGAAUCACAAGAGCCCAAGUAUCAAGAUUCUCAAAAUAACGUCCCUUGUGGAACUGAUGCAAAAGCUUUGAAGAGCUGUCUAGAGAACAAUAACUAUGAUGUCAACGCUUGA